CUCUCAUCUCGCUUCGCUUCCAUUCCAUCGCGCCAGUCGCCAGACUCACCUGGGAGAGUGGGGGGAAAUAUCAAUUAGAAACAACGAGGAAUUAGCAAAGAAAGAAGAAUAACUCCCAUAAGAAAAAUCGCCAAAUACGCCAUUCAUCUUCUUCGCCCGGGUUUCAGAACGUACGGCAGUUUAGCCAGGAUGGUGGCGAUCGAGAACCAGAGCCAGGCCGCGGUGGCGGCGGAGGCGGUGGCGGCGCCGGCGUCGCGGAUCCCCAGGGAGGCGCGGCGCCUGCUGCACGAGCUGGCGGCGGCGUGGGCGGACGUGGCCGACUGCCGCGCGCUGGAGGUCGUGCCGCUCAAGGGGGCCAUGACCAACGAGGUCUACCAGGCGCGCUGGCUCACUGCAGGCCCUGCCGGCCAGAAGGAGGAGCCCAGGGCGGAGAGGGAGGUGAGGAAGGUGCUCGUGCGGAUUUACGGCGACGGCGUCGACCUCUUCUUCGACCGCGAGGACGAGGUGCGCACCUUCGAGUGCAUGUCACGCCAUGGCCAGGGUCCCCGCCUCCUCGGCCGCUUUCCGAACGGCCGCGUCGAGGAGUUCAUCCACGCAAGGACAUUGUCAGCUGCCGACCUUCGCGAUCCUGAAAUUUCAGCUCUGGUGGCUUCCAAGCUGAGGGAGUUCCACAACCUUGACAUGCCUGGUCCCAAAUCUGUGCUCAUUUGGGACAGACUUAGGAACUGGCUCAGAACUGCCAAGAGCUUGUGUCCACCUGAAGAAGCCAAGGAAUUUCGGUUGGACAGUCUGGAGAACCAGAUUACUGCAUUGGAGAACGAGUGUUCAGGUGAUUACCAGUGGAUUGGUUUCUGUCACAAUGAUCUUCAGUAUGGCAAUAUCAUGAUUGAUGAAGAGACCAACGUGCUGACCAUCAUUGAUUAUGAGUAUGCAAGCUUCAACCCAGUUGCAUAUGACAUUGCUAACCAUUUCUGUGAGAUGGCAGCAGACUAUCAUUCAUCAAAGCCUCAUAUACUGGACUACAGCAGAUAUCCAGAUGUUGAUGAGCAGAAGCGUUUUGUUAAGACCUACCUGAACAUUUCUGGUGAGGAACCUGAUGCGGAAGUUGUGGAGAACCUGCUCCAAAGCAUUGAGAAGCACACGCUCGCCAGCCAUCUAGUAUGGGGCCUCUGGGGAAUAAUUUCGGACCAUGUUAACGACAUUGACUUCGACUACAAGGAGUAUGCGAGGCAGAGAUUCGAGCAGUACUGGCACAAGUCUGCGAUCUUAACAUCUUGAACAUGUGUAUAAACACCCGUACGUGGUCUCAGGAACUCCCUGAGGGCCUGUGGCUGCACACACGAAAUUGUGCAGUGCCACUGACACAUAGAUAAGCUGUGAAAGAAGAAAUACUGACGACGACGACGAAUAAUCCCGUUUUGGGCUCGGGAGGUUAUUUCUCCGCAACUCGAUGAGCUUCAGGCUUCAGCUUCAGGAAGGAAGGAAGGAGCUAUGGGGAUUUGGCUGCCCGCUUAUGCUGUACCAAUGCAAUUAAAAGAUAAAGAUCCGGUCCGGUGUUGCGUGUGCUAUGUUUAGUUUUGGCUAGCACCGCCGAGAGCCGUGGUCCUGUUGUGGUGUUUCUAGUUUCUGUAUGCUUGAUGUUGUUAGUGUGCUGGAUAAUUUGGUUUUGUGCUUGGGGAGUCCUUAGCUUUGGGACAACGCAUACAUUGUAUACUGGGUAGAUGUAUAAACAUAAAACAGCUAUGGGAAUUUGGUUCUCUACCUUUAUUUCUCUCUC